AUUAAACAAACACAAAAGAAAAAGUUUGGUAAGCAAUAGUCUAGUUGACUACAUAACCACUACUCCUACUACUGCUACUACUUCAAAGUCUGAGUCUGACCAAACUGUCUGUCUAUCACAUUCACACUCUCUCAUUUCAUCACAUAUAUAUACAAUAUACAAUCUAUCAAUCAAUUCAGUUUAACAGACUACUAUAUCCGGGUUGAUAUACUUAAAAAAUAAUAAUAAUCAUAAUUCAUAACCCAGUUGAUAGUUUUUUUUAUUUCCUCUGAAUCCGGGUCGGGUCAGAUCAUCCACAGGAUGCUGUUAUCUCGCCGGAUCAUCCGUUGCAGACCGUUUAACACCGGCCGGAGCUGCCUGUGCUACCUCAAUUCGUCCUCUUCGAUACCGCCGGUGGUCACUCAACUAAAAUCUCACCGAUUUUCCCAAUCCUUUCCAUUUUCUGCAAAGUCAACGUUUGACUGCUCUUACAAGUUGGACAGCUUGUAUAAUGUCAAGGGACACUACUUAUCGACCAAUGCGAUAGACAGCCAGCCGGUUGAUGGUGUUGUUGACAUACCUUUAGCACAAACUGGUGAAGGUAUUGCAGAAUGUGAACUUCUCAAGUGGUUUGUACAAGAGGGAGACCAAGUUGAAGAGUAUCAACCUCUUUGUGAAGUUCAAAGUGAUAAAGCAACCAUCGAAAUAACAAGUCGCUAUAAGGGAAAAGUGGUUAAGGUUCUCCAUGUUCCCGGUGACACUAUAAAGGUUGGAGAAACUCUAUUAAGUUUAACAGUAGAUGAUUCUCAAGUUUCAUUUGAUGCUUCCAAGACAUCACUAGGUUCUGAUGCAUCUGAGUCUGAUGAUCACAAGUCAGAGUUUGAAAAGCCUACGAAAGGUAGAGCUUUAUGCACCCCUGCUGUUCGUAACCUUGCAAAGGAGCAUGGUAUUGAUAUAGAUGAUGUCGUUGGAACUAGUAAACAUGGAAGAAUAUCAAAAGAAGAUGUCCUCAAGUAUGCUGUUGAAAAAGGAAUCAUUGAGGAUAAGCCUGCCUUGUUUAAUCCCAGUUCUAUUGAACCCAUGGCUGGACCAGAAGAAAAACUCCAUGAGAUAGCGGAUUCACUUUACCAGGACAAGAUAUUAACUCUCAGGGCUUAUCAGCGUGCCAUGGUCAAGUCAAUGACCGCAGCUGUUGGCGUUCCUCAUUUUCAUUUUGUGGAUGAAAUAAACUGUGAUGGGAUUGUAGAGCUUAAAUCAGCUUUCCAGAAAGAGAAUACCGAUCCAGAUGUCAAGUUCACAUUCCUCCCCAUGUUAAUAAAGUCACUUUCCAUGGCAUUGACUACACAUCCAUUAGUCAAUAGUACCUUCAAUUUGGAAAAUUAUGAAGUCACUCUAAAAGGCUCUCACAACAUUGGAAUUGCCAUGGCUACACCAUCUGGAUUAGUGGUACCAAACAUCAAAAAUGUUCAAUCUCUUUCCAUGUUGGAGAUUACUAAGGAACUAUCACGCCUACAAAAAUUGGCAUGGGCAAACAAGCUUCCCCCUUCAGAUAUAUCUGGUGGAACCAUAACUCUGAGUAAUAUUGGAUCGAUUGGUGGGAAGUUUGGCUCACCUCUUAUAAAUGUUCCUGAAGUUGCUAUUAUAGCCCUGGGUCGAAUUCAGAAAGUUGCCCAUUUUAAGGACGAUGGAACUGUUUACCCUGUCUCCAUUAUGACAGUAAAUAUAGCAGCUGACCAUAGAAUUCUCGAUGGAGCAAAUGUUGCAGUAUUCUGCAAAGAAUGGAAGAUGUACAUUGAAAAACCUGAGUUGCUCUUGCUGCAUAUGCGAUAAUUUUCGUUAACUCAUUUGUUUCUCAUUUCCUACAUGCUAAAAGUUACCUGCCAACUUCUUCAAGAGAUUUAAUAUUUCUCACAAGUUGUUAUCGAUCAUGCUUGUGACAAGUAGCUGGGCCAAAGGAAGGGGUACACCAUAUGGAGUACGUCUUUGUAAGUUAUCAUUGAUUUAUUUAUGUGUAACAGUCAUCUUAGUGAACACAUCUAUUUCAUCAUUUUAAUAGCAAUGUUAAUCCUAUUUUACUUCAGAAUAAACACCGUCGUUUUUAAUGA